AUGGGACGUGGUGGAGCCCGUGCUAAAGCCAGUGGUGGCACAUUGACCGGAGAAGGACCACUAAUUUCCCAAUCACUGUCGCUCAAUCUCACAUUAUUUCAAUUCCUACAGACCGGAUAUUUUGAGAAAGAUUUACUCAGCUACUGUGCCAAUCGCUUGGCCGAAUACUCUUGCAUCUAUUGGCUCAAUCCGAACGUGGAUGAAGAAACGGAAGCUGUUGAAUUGCACACAGCAGCCUAUCAGACGGAAAAUGUUGGCUUCACAACACCAGCUGACGCAGAAUUUACCAAGUAUCCCAGCCAUUUCAUCAAUAUGGACCGAGAUAAACCAACGGGAGUGACUGUAGUACACACGUUGACUGAUGGUCAGCCAAUCACUGGCACAUUCCUUGGUCCGGUCAAUGUCCGUGAAGUUCUCCUAUCCGAGCAUGGAACCUCUGUGGCUGUGGUCGAGAGUAAUCGCCUCCCUUUGGAUGCUGUAGCGCGCGUCAUUCUGCCUUUUUUGCUUGUACUGGCUUGUUUCUCAAAUCUCUUUCUGCUGCGAACGGCGUACAAACUUUCCCGUCGCCGUCUCCCUUUGGCCAUCUAUUUUGUGUACAUCACCUUACUAGAUCAGAUUGAUUUAUUCGCUCGUGGAACAGAUUACUUGGUUGAAGCAUACGGUGGCAUCCGGCUAUUUACAGCUGUUCAAUUUCUCGACAGAUCCGCAUGUCAGCUGCAGACAAUGAUUCAUAGCGGUUUACGACAUGUACAUGCAGCGUUGCUCAUUGGAUUCGCCAUUGAUACUUGGCGAUUUGCUCGAAGUCCCCAUCUGUACGCCGCAGUCUAUCGACGGGAAUGGACUCGCAAUGUACUGAUCCUGUCUGCUGUUUUAGCUAUCACCAUAGACAGCCAAUUCCUUUGGACAUUUGACCUCUCAUUGUUACAUACGAAAACACUUCACGAGAGACUGGUUCGAAAAGCGUGUGAAUGUGGGUUCUCGUCUACGACCACACUCAGUCCACUGUUCCUAAAUGUCAUCUGGCCGAUGAUUGAUCAUAUGUGGACAGAAAUUAUCCCGUGUGUUGUGUGUGGCUUUCUAGGCACAUUUGCCCUAAUUAUGCUUCGGUUACGAAGGCGAUGUCAGAUCUCUGCCACGGACUCAAAUGCCGCGAAGUGUGAUUCCGGAAAACAGCAACAUGCAGCAACAGCAACAUCCGACACGGAGGGGGAUCAGGAGAAACGGACUUCUGGGGAUUACUUCAAAAAUGUUGUCUAUCGAUGGUUUGACGGGCAUACGAUACACGAAGCUCCAAAAGCGUACGCGUUGGUGGUCAUCAUCGACAGCGUAUUCAUCGUUCCUCGAGCAAUCUAUUAUCUGACCAAAUAUGCCAUGUUUGCGAGUAAGUUACCAGUGAACUCUGAAACGCCUCUUAAAACCAUUCGAGAAUGA